AUGUCUUCACGACCGCUUUAUCUAGAUGAGUAUGAACUCCUCAACCGUUCGUCCUUCGAGUCUCGAGAUAGCUUUGACCUGGACGCUGCCGAUUUCGAAUCUCCUCAUCCUACAUCCAGCCACAGCUAUCCACUCCAAGCCGCUUCUCUGAUAUCCCGAUUACGGGAUGAUAACGUAUUCUUAAGCAUAUAUGAGAGCAACAGUGGAUUUGAGGGCGAAGCCGCACUCAGGGAGUUUGAAAACAAAAUCAAAUGCAAGCGGUCGAUCGUUUACGAGGAGCGGAUGGAUGUAAAUUCAGUGUCUCAUAUCACACUACCAGACGGCUCGGAGCGCAUAAAACGGAUAGCUUAUCUAGCUGAGGCACGCAACCGAGCACUCCGCCCCCUCGAUGGCCCGGCUAGCGAUCGGUUCGAUAAACUCCUAUACCUCAAUGAUGUUGUCUUCGACCCCAUUGACGCCCUCCAGCUCCUCUUCUCUACAAACAUGGACAAAAGCGGCACCGCACAGUACCGUGCCGCCUGCGCUGUUGAUUUCAUCAACCCGUUUAAAUUUUAUGAUACCUUUGCCACGAGGGACCUGGAGGGUUUCUCGAUGGGAGUUCCUUUCUACCCGUGGUUCUCUAGUGCAGGGAAGGCUGAGAGCCGGCACGAUGUGCUUGACCAAAAGGACGCCGUCCGUGUGAGGAGUUGCUGGGGGGGGAUGGUCGCAUUUGAUGCAAGGUUUUUCCAGCAGGGGAAAACCGAACAACCCGGGCAACGUAAAGCGCAGGGACGGAGGGAUGAUGACCCAGUGCCUCGCACGUCUUCGGUAGCCAGGUUCCGCGCAGAGUCGGACCUCUACUGGGAUGCUUCGGAAUGCUGCCUGAUCCACGCAGAUAUCCAAAAACCACCUUAUGAAUCCAAUAACGAACCAGUCGUCGAUACAGGCAUAUACAUGAAUCCUUACGUUCGAGUUGCAUACGACACACAAACUUUGGCAUGGCUUGGUGUCACUCGAAGAUUUGAAAGGCUCUAUUCCUUGGCCCAUUCUAUCGUAAAUGCUGUUGCCGGUAUGCCUAGGUUCAACCCCCGCCGGACCGAAGUAGCGGGAACAGACGUGGAGGAAAAAGUCUGGGUUCCCAACGGCGAAAAGGGGGGUUCUUACGAAACGGUUAAACGCAAGGCUGGGACUGGAGGUUUCUGUGGUCGUCGCGGGCUGCAGGUAAUGGUGGUUAACCCCAGUAAGGGGCAAAAGAACUGGGAAUCUCUUCCUGUUCCAGCGGGCUAUUAA